AUGUCGACGGCCGAGGGCGGGUGCGGCGCGGCCGCGGCGAGCGGGGAGCGCGGCUGGUCCCGCCGCUCGGUCGAGAGCAUCCCUCUGCGGGCCACCCUGCGGCCCGCCUCGCCUGCGCUCGGCGCCGGCUCCCGGGCCGGGGUCGGCAGCGGCCCCUUCUCACUGUUGGGCGAGCUCCGUGAUGUGACUGUAGAAGACACUUUCACAUUCCGGGAAGUGGCUGUGCUGACUCUGCAUCAGCCACGGUCCAGAGCCUUGGACAUGGAACGUACGGUGUACCCAGGACAGGCCCCUGUGGAUUUAGACAUGUACCAGAGCUCCUACAUGGUGCACUUCCAGCCCUACGGGAAGCACAGAUACUCCAGGGCCAUGCCGGGAGAGCAGGCCAAGCUCGAUGCCCAGCUCUGCUACAAAGAGUUCUAUAGGCCUGUGGCCAGCCCCAACCCCAAGCUGGAGGACGGGUUCCCUGCCUUCGAAAGACCCCUCAUGACUGCCAGAGACCUGGGACUGCCCGGCUUCUUCCCUCCACAGGACUCUGGGGCCAGCGCGGAGUCGGAGUCAGGGUCGAGGUGCGUGCUGUCCAGCAUCUGCCCCUGGGCGUACCCGGCUUCCCCCAACCUGUGCCUGGCCCAGGGCGACCCCAAUAAGCUUCCCCAGAUCACCCACUUCCCGUGCCUCCUGGAACCCUGGCACCAACCUGCUGCAGCGGAGGGCAAAGGCUACCUUCUGCUGCCUGGCUGUCCCUGUCCUCGUCACCAAACGCUCAAGGUCCCCAUCUUGUAUCGGUGGGGGCCUCUCCUGCCAUUUUACCAGUAG